AUGGAUGAAAAUGAAACAUAUAAAGAAACAAGCCUAACCACAGGUUUGGUGAAUCGAGAUAGUAGUAAUGGGGGUGGCAACAUGAAAGGUGGCGAAGAUAGCGCUAAUCCGAACAAUGUUAGUAGAGAAAUAAGCAAUAGCAAUAGCAAUAACAAUAGUAAUAGCACCAAUUGGGGAAAGAAAUAUAAUUUUAAUUAUAGUAAUUUGAAUAUAAGCAAUAAAAAGUUUCUGUUAAAUAAAAAUCAUCUAUAUAUUAAGGCAGGGAUAAAACAAGGAGGUAAUAAUUCCAAAAAGAUUAUGAACAAAGGAAAUGGAGACAAUGUUAAUGUAAAUGUUAAUGUAAAUAGUAAUGAUAUAUCAAAUAAUGACAAAUUUUCUGACAAAAUAAAUACCAAUUAUAAUAUAGAAAAUUCAGGUACCGAAAAUAAUAUUUAUAAUAAACAAAGAAUUGAAUAUAAUUAUCCUAAUAUUAGUUAUAAUCAUGAUUCAGAAAAUUGGAAAAAUAAUGAAAAUGGAAUUAUGUUUAACACAAGAACAUGUACUAACAAUAACAUAAAAAAUGGUAAUAAUAAUCUUACCCAAAGAAAAAGAAGAACUAAUAAAUUUGAAACAGGAAAUCACAACUAUAAAAAUAAACAAAAAAAAUUUUAUAACACACCAAUUACCGAUUCAUUAAACAGGUAUGGUAAUAACGAUAGUAACAAAUAUUCUACAAAUAUAGAUAAUAUAAAUGGUAAUGAAGAAAAUGAACAGAUUCAAGAUUUUUCCAAUAUUGAAAAUAACAAAAUUAGUAAUGAAUUCAACAUAAAACAGUUAAACAGUAGUAAUAUUAACAAUAGUAAUAGAAAUUUAAAACAUUUAAAAAAUUCUAAAAACUUAAAUAACAAAAAAAUGUUUGAUAAUAUAUCAUUUUCAAUAGAUAAAUAUUUAAAUUCUAAUGUGAAUUUUCAGAAACAUAAUAAUGAUAAAAAUAACAAUUCAUAUGCAAAAGUUAAAAACAAAAUGACAUAUAAAAAUUUGAAAAUUAAAAAUAAAGAAAAUUUUAAUAUGUCUAACGAAACAAGAAUCCACAAUUCUACAUCUAACACAUCAAAUGAAUAUGUAAAUAAUCACAAAACGAACAUAGACAAUGCAAACAAUGCAAACAAUUUAAACAGUGUAAACAGCAUGGUUCGCGAAAUAAAUGAAGAUCAAGUAAUAGAAGAUAUGUCGAAGUCAUCUAAUUAUCCUGAUAUAAAUUUAUUAGCACAAACUUUCAAUUAUGAAAAUGUGAAAAUUUUGAAAACGCAUUUGGAGAUGAACAUAAAUAAUGCAAAUCCGAUGAAAAAAAAAAGGAAUAACAUUUAUUCUAAUAUUGAAGAAAAUAAAUAUAAUUCUAAAUUUUGCAGUUAUAUAGAAUGUUUAAGUGAGGUUUCGGAAAUAACUGACGAGGAAAAGGAUAUCGAAGAUGUUGAUAGUAGUGAAAAAAAUUACGAAAAAAAUGCCGAAAAAUAUGACGAAAAAUAUGACGAAAAAAAUGAUGCCAAAAAUAACAACGUGAGAUGGAGCAACAAUUUAAACAAUACCAGUGAAGCAUCUCAUUCAAAUUUUUCACAAAUUAAUUUAAAACAAUUUCAAAAUGAUCAAAUUAUGUUAGAUAAAAUGAAGGGGUUGUAUUCUCAGUUUGGAAAUUAUAAUUAUAAAAAUGAGCAAGUAGAAAUGUUUGGACAAAAUGAAAAUAAAAAAUUUCCAUAUUUUGAAGAAAAUAAAAAUCAAGGAAUAUUAGAAAAUGAUAAUAUAUCGAGUCCACAUCUAACUAGAUAUAGUUCAGAAAAAAAAAAUGAUUCUUUUAUAGAAGAGGAAACAGAAUUUGAUAAAUAUGGAAUGGAAGAAAUAAAUUCAGGAAAUUUAAUAGAAGCACAACAAAAUACAUCUAGUUCAAACAUAUUAAAAAACCCAAAUAAUUUGAAUAAUACAAUUUCUUCAAAUUUGAUUCAAGAAAAUGAAAUAAAUAAAUUUACAGAAUCAACUAAUCAUAUACCAAUAGAAGAUUUAUUUAUAACUUCUUAUAUGCCAUAUCCCCCUGAAAAAUAUAAUAAUAUAUAUGAUUUACAUGAAAUAAAAAUAAUAUCACCACAUAUAUUAAAAACAAUAAUUCAUAAAAAAGGAAAAACAUAUCAUUCAUCUUUAAAAGAUGGAAAAUUAAUUUUAUUAUUAGAUUUGGAUAAUACAUUAUUACAAGCAACAUCAUUUGCUAAAUUUAAUAUGGAUUUACCCUUAGAAAAUUUUAUAGGCGAAAAUGAUGAACCCGAAUUAUAUAAAUUUUUUUUACCUUAUUAUAAUUUUUUUUAUUAUUUAAAAUUUCGACCUUAUGUUCGUCAAUUUUUAGAGAUAUUAUCAUUAUAUUAUGAAUUAUCUAUAUAUACUAAUGCAACAAGAGAAUAUGCAGAUGUAGUUAUAGCUAUUUUAGAUCCUGAUAGAACCAUUUUUGCUGAUCGUAUAGUUGCUAGAUGUAGUAGUGUAGAUAGAGAUGAAAAUAAACAUUUUGAAAAAAUUUAUCCAAAUGUUGAUCCUAAAUAUGUAAUAGCAUUUGAUGACAGAAAAGAUGUCUGGUUUGAUAUACCACAUUCUCAUAUUUUAAGAGCAGAACAUUAUAAUUUUUUUGAAUUAAGUAAAUAUGAUAUUAUUUCACAUUUUAAAGAACCUAGUACAUGUAAAAAAAGAUUUGUAGAUAUGGAUAUGCAUCUACAUUAUAUGAUUAAAAUUUUUUUAAAAAUUCAUAAACAAUUUUUUGAAAAUCCAUUAAAUGUAGAUGUAGGUAAAAUUAUAGAUAAUAUUAUGCUUAGUACAUUAUCAAAUGUAGGAUUAUAUUUUACAGGUUUUAGAAAAAAUUCAAAAAAUUUGCAAAAUGUUAUUUUAUCUGAUUGUGAAGAAAGACAAAAAGAAAUAGCAUUAGAAUUAGGAGCUAAAAUAUAUUCUAAUUAUGAUGAUCCGGGUGUUACCCAUAUUAUUGCUGCUAAAAAUUGUACAGAUAAUUUAAUAAAAUCAAAACAAUCAAAUUAUAAUCAUAUAGAAAAAGUUCAUACUUUAUGGUUAUAUCAUUGUAAGGGAACUCUACAAAAUAUUAAAUCUUCAUUAUUUAAUGCUGAUGAGCUUUGUAAAAUAUAUAAUAAUAAACCUCCUUUACAUCCAAAAAAAGAUCAUUGGUUUUUUGGAAAUAAAGAUGCAGAAAAAAAACAAGAUAAUCAAAAUGAUUGUAUUAAAGUUGAAAAUCUGAAAUCUCGUAUAUUUCUAGGUACUGGUGAAUAUACAAAUGAUGCUGUUAUAUGCUCUCCUUAUGAACAAAUAAAUAUUAAAUGGAUAGAAAAAGAAGUUAAAUUACGACAAAUUUAUGAUAAUGUUUCAAAUACGGUUACACAAGAUCAAAUAAUAGAUCAUCGAUUAGUUGAAAAAAGAAACAAUGAUGAGACAGAAAAAAAUAUUAGAAAUUCAAAUUUUGUACUUGCCUCUGAUUUAGAUAUUUCUGAUAAAGUUAUUCAAAAUGACAAACAAUAG